UUCAUCCUGUGCGUUAAAGUGGCGUCGCCGUGAGCGCGCAUUGUCCUCCGUGCGGGGCAGGGUGAGAAAAACCCAGCAGGCUGAGCGUUUAAAACCCCACAGGAGACUAUAAAGCUGCUCCAUGCCCGCUGCAGGAUCGGACCUCAGACAGGCGGAGGAGAAGGGAGGACAACAGUGUUCAAGGUUCCGCCGCGGACAUCCGAGCUCCGCUCCAGACGCAAGCGCCGCCAGAGUUCGACCCGGCCGUCUUGUCUCGGGGGAGACUUAAAUCCGACCGCUUUCCGGAUGAACUAGUGCCGGACAGUUUUCCGCUCAUUUCCACUCAGUGAUUAUGCUGCCCGUCUUCCGCUGCCGCCCUGCGUCAGUUUGACCCAUCUGAGCUGGACCCGCCGGCCGGACUGAUCCCGAACCGGACCAAGAGUUGGACUCGUCCUCGAAAACUGUCCCGGUCCCCCCCCCACACACACACGCACACACACACACACAAAAAUGGGAUCCCACCAUCUGGACGCGCUGUUCAGGAAAAGUUUGCUGUGGACGGCGCUCAUCCUCUGGAUAUCCUUGUUUGCUGACGGGACCUGGAAGACUGGACUUUACAAAGGAUACCCGGCCGGGUCGCAGAAAGCAGCUACUCACUCCUCAGUCUACCAGAAAAAGAACUGGUGUCCUCAUACAGUAACCAAGACAGUGACCUGCCAGGUGCAGAACGGGACGAUCCUCCAGCGGGUCUACCACACCUGCCGCUGGCCGCAGGGAUGCUCUGGAGGCAGCUAUAAGACAGUAGUGAGACCAUCUUACAAAGUGGUGUACCGCACUGUGACCUCACUCGAGUGGAAAUGCUGUCCAGGAUUCAGCGGCACCGCUUGUGGAGAAGAUCCAGGGAACCUGGCCGUUGCUCAAGAGGCAGUCAGGAGAGCCUCCGCACUACGCCGUCCCCCAGCACGAACAGGAGAGGCACUCUCAAGUUGUCUGAACUGCAGUCGAAUCACAGCUUUGAGUGAAAAGCUCAACUCAUUGGAGGCAAAGGUGCAGCUGCUCACAGCACCGGGCAGCACGUCACAUCACCACCUACAAAGUAAAGGAGAAAUGUCUCCAGAGACCUCGUUACUGAUGGGGGCCGUGUCGGCUCAGGGAGCUCCUGGUGAGCAGGGCCCUGCAGGUCCUCAGGGUGAAAAGGGCAGAGAUGGACUUCCUGGCAGAGAUGGAAAGCCAGGAUCUCAAGGGCUGCCAGGUCCCAGUGGGCCUCCGGGGGAUGUGGGAGCGAAGGGCCCAUCUGGAGCUCCUGGAUCGAAGGGACUGCCAGGACCAGCAGGACCCCGCGGCCCACCUGGACACCCGGGAGAGAGAGGUCUACCAGGGCCACCUGGGCCACCUGGGCCUCCAGGCCCAACAUCGCCAGCCGGUGCCCGCAUCCCAGAACCUGACCACAAUAGUGGAAAAGAUCCUUUCUUCACCAACACUUUCCACGACGCCAGAGGUUCGCCUGUUCCAGGACCUCAGGGUCCUCCUGGGCCUGUUGGCCCCCCAGGACCCAGAGGCCCAGUAGGACCUCCUGGUCCAUCAGGACAGAACGGGAGACCUGGAACUCCUGGGGCACCAGGGCCAGUGGGGCCAAAAGGAGAUCGUGGGGAAAGGGGUCCUCUUGGUUAUCCAGGAGAAAGAGGCUUCAGAGGUGACCCAGGAGCACCAGGUCCCAAAGGAGAGCCAGGGGAGAAAGGCUUGCCGGACAUUAGCUUGCAGAUGUUUCAAGAUUUGCAAGCUGACCUUGAGCUUCUGGCUCGCAGGGUGACACUGUUGGAGGCUAUCAUCUGGCCAGAGCCUGAUCUAGGGUCUGGGGACGGACCAUUCGGCACAUCCUCCCCUAGUUUCUACAGAGAUAAGCGAGCAGGUGCGUCUCCACAUCGACUUGCUUCUCCUCUGUUCACCGACACCAAGGUCCAAGGAAAAUAGCACCCCUUUCCUCUACAUUGACCCUGAGGAUCACUGACUGGGCCUUCCCCUCCAACAGGUCUCUCACCGGCAUUCAGCACAUCCAGACCUUAUCUGGUGCCCAGUCUGGGCUUUUAUUAAAUAGUUAGGAAUGGGGAACACCUCAGGGAAACUCAACUGAUAACUCCAUGACACCCUGAUUCAUCUGCUACCUGAGAACUGCUUUGAUUUCCCUCUCCAUCUGAAUCCUAAAAAAAAUAAAACAUCUGUGAACAUGUUGAAAGAAGAAUGAAGAUUUUCAUCCUUGGUGGUCGUUACAGUUCUAGACGGUAAGGGUUCAUUUAGAGAAAUGAGAAGUAGAAAUCAGUGUGAGGUUUUGCUGCUUUCACAGUUUGUCUGCAAUCUGAAGAGAGUCCGUUAUUUAAAUACUCUUGAGCUUGUACAGUCUGUGUUACAAAAUGACAUCCUCCUUCCUCUAGUAUUCAUAUAUUUUCAUCUUAUUGUUUAACUCAGUGUUAUGUAGUGCACUAAAAAGAUGAAGUCAUCUCUAUUUGAUGUGUUUUUAAAUGGUGAUUAGAAGCUUUCUGGUGUCUUUUCUUUCUGUUUUGUGUAAGUGACUAAUAAUUGUUUUUGACAUAAAAUCUGCUCAAACAUAGGCAUCUAUGUUAGAUGGUGCUGCAGUCUGAAAACAGAAUGUGUUGAAAUUAAAACACCACUCUGCUGACUGGGAUCCCAAACACACACAGAGGAAACAGUUAUUUGAACUUGAACAUAUUUUACCACUGUUGUGUUCUAUGACUGCUUAAACUGCUCUGAUGAAAACAAUUUUUCAUCUUAUAUCAAAGUUAUUGUGAAACUAUUUAAAAUUGUAGUUUAUGUUGUAAGCUGUUAUGUAACCAUUUUGUAUUUUGAUUUUCUUUUUCUUUUCUUGCAAAUGUACUGUAUUAAGAUAAUUCUGCUUAGAUAAGUGUAAUAAAAUGUUUUUAUUAUUUUAA